GCCAAAGUCCCAUACCUAACUAGGCUAAAAAGCAAACAACAUUUGGCAUCUCUGAUUGCGUCCCUUAUCAUUUUUCUUCAUCCGCGGAAGUGAUGGAUUUGAGUGAUAGCAGCCAGCUAGAGGACCCAUAUUUCGUCUACAAGCAUGAACAGCUGUUUGGCGAUAGCUUUCCCCUUUUCAAGGAGAUCCGGCGAAUGGGCAAACUCUGCGAUGUGACCCUGAAGGUAGAGGACCAGACUUUCUCUGCACAUCGCGUCGUGCUGGCAGCCACCAUUCCAUACUUCUAUGCGAUGUUUACCAACAACAUGGCCGAGAGCCGGAUCAAAGAGAUCACAAUGAAGGAGAGUGCCAUCGAGCCGAGCGCCUUGGAGAGCCUCAUCAAUUACGUAUACAGCGGGCAAGUGCGAAUUGACAACCAGAAUGUGCAGAGCCUGAUGGUGGGAGCCUCCUUCCUUCAGCUGCCCAAUGUGCGUGACGCUUGCGCCAGUUUCCUGAUCUCCCGUUUCCAUCCUCACAAUGUCCUGGGCAUUCGCACCUUUGCCGAUUCGAUGAUUUGCCGACAGCUAAUCGACGCCGCUGAUAAGUACAUUGACCAGAACUUUGCCAAAGUAGCCCAGUCGGAAGAAUUUCUCACCCUGGACUGCGACCAGUUGCUUGAGCUGAUGCGACGGGAUGAACUUAACGUUCGCACUGAGGAGGUCAUUUUUGAGGCCUGUAUGAAGUGGGUUAAGUAUGCCGAGAAGCGUUCCGAGCUGUUCCCCCAGGUACUGGCCGCUGUUCGUUUGCCUUUGCUGUCCCCACAGUUUCUGGCUGAUCGAGUGGCACGUGAAGAGCUCAUCCGAUCCUCGCACCAGUGCCGAGACCUAUUAGACGAGGCUAAAGACUUUCAUUUAAUGCCUGAACGCCGAGGUCUGCUGCAGAGCUUUCGAACAAGACAGCGAUGUGGCGAGUUCUUUACCGGUCAAAUAUACGCUGUGGGAGGCUUGGCCAGUACUGGGGAAUCGGUAAGCACUGUGGAGAUAUACGAUCCCCUCACCAAGAAGUGGAAAAUGGGCGAGCAAAUGUCAAUGAUGAGAUCCCGCGUAGGCGUAGCUGUAUUGGAAGGCAAGCUAUAUGCUUUCGGCGGUUUCAAUGGUACCGAACGCCUCUCCACGGUCGAAGUCUAUGAUCCCCGCAAGAACAAGUGGUCUCAGGGCUGUGCGAUGCUUUGCAAACGUAGUGCUGUGGGCGUGGCCGCAUUGGACGACUGUAUCUACGUUUGCGGCGGCUACGAUGGCGUCACCUCCCUCAACACCGUGGAGGUUUACUAUCCCAAGACCAAUACCUGGAAGACGGUGGCUCAAAUGAUGAAGUAUCGCUCUGCUGGUGGUGUAACGCAACUAAACGGCUAUGUUUAUGCUUUGGGUGGGCAUGACGGACUGUCCAUAUUUGAUUCGGUAGAACGGUACGAUGCAAACGACGAUUCCUGGGUGAAGAUGGCUCCUAUGCUGAACCGCCGAUGCCGACUAGGCGUGGCAACGCUGAAUGGAAAAAUAUACGUAUGCGGCGGCUACUGUGGCAAUUCCUUUCUCCGGUCCGUCGAGUGCUAUGAUCCGCAAACGGACACCUGGAAGCUGGUAACGCCAAUGAAUUGCAAGCGAUCGCGAGUGGCUCUAGCCGCCAACAUGGGGAAAUUAUGGGCUAUUGGAGGCUACGACGGCGAGUCCAACUUGUCCACUGUGGAGGUGUAUGAUCCGGAGACGGACAAGUGGACAUUUAUGCCUCCCAUGUGUGCCCACAGUGGCGGCGUCGGAGCAGGAGUCAUCCGGAUCGAAUAACCAAGCCAAAACCAUUUUCUAGCCACAGUUUAUAGGUAAAUUAUGUAAAUUGAAUCGAAAGCGAUAUAGUCUAGCACACAUACGUUUGUAAUACGAGAGUAACUCAGCUUUAGAGGCCCAGGAUGCAGUCGCCCCAUGCGCAGCCCAGCUUCUUCAACUCUAUAACAAAAUUGUUCAUGUAUUUCUCACGAUUCUUAGGUGUUUAUCAUUCCAGUUAUGUAAUUAUAUAGUUUUAUGCCUAGCCUUAAAUACUCACUAAAUUUAUUAUCAUGUACUCCUUAAUUCAAUUAGAAGUCUUUAAAUAUACAAACGUAUAUUGUAA